AUGUUCUUUCCAACGCUCUUUCUUGCUUUGUCGUUUUGUCUCGCCCGCGUUUUAACGAUUAUUCCGUGCAUCUGUUUUGAGUGGACUCGCAGGUGCGGGCUAUUAGUAGAAAUAGUUGCAGCCUUUCUUUGCAUCAGAGAGAGAAAGAGAAAGAGAGAUAGAGAUUGUGUAAUUGUGUGUGUGUGUGAGGCGGAGCGGCUGCGGGCGUAUGGCGCGGUCAUUGCUUUGAUUUUGAUUUCUUUAAUUCCAUUGUUUUGUGUUUUUGGGGGAUGGUGGUGGUGGUGGUGGGCCGUUGCCAUUGUUUGUUUCUCAGAAAGUAGCACAAUGGCAGAGCAAAAGGGGGCUGGCGUUCCCUUUAACUCUGAAGCGCACUCACAGAAAUCAUACACAGACAUGUGUGCAGCCAUGCAGGGGUUGCAGCCAUUGUCACGGUUACGCGUGCAUACGCGGUCAAUUGAGCCUCUUUCAUAUGUAUGCAUGAUAUCUGGUGAUGGCAUGGAGUUUAUUAUUCCUGAGGCCGCUGCGCGCCAAAGCAAAAUGAUUUCUUCUUUGCUUGACGCCAUCUUUUGUCUUCCAAAUCGCGGAGGAUUUGGUGAUUCACUAAGGAACAAACCGAAUCCUGGGGUUCUUGCCGUGAACAGCAUUAAUAUGAUGCCGAGGAUUCCACUUGAGCCUCUUUCCAGCCGCACACUUGAGCUUGUCUGUCGAUAUUUGCUGCAGCGCAGCACUGGGGAUCCCAACUCCACGGAAGAGUUUUCGCUUCUUGGUGAGCUGGACCCAUUGUCGGAUGAGGAUCAGGAUGUCGUUUCAGACCUGCUACUGGCAGCCGACUUCAUUGAUUGCUAG